AUGUCCGUCAACGUGCGGUACACCAGGUAUCUGGUGUUUGCGCUCGUGGGACUGACUUUCUUCUACCUCGUCUCCCGAACCAACUUGCGCCUCCCCAGCUCCGCUUCCUUCUCGCGACCUGCCCCGACAUACAAUGAAUUCAAAGCAAACAAGUUUCAAAUUCCCGGCGCCAAUAGCACUGAACGGGUGAAUGCCACCUUCGUGACUCUCGCGCGCAACUCCGACCUCUGGGACAUGGUCAAGUCCAUCCGAACCGUCGAAGACCGCUUCAACCGCGAUUACAACUACGACUGGGUCUUUUUGAACGACAAGGAGUUCGACGAAGACUUCAAGAAGUUGACCACAGCGUUGGUCUCCGGAACGACUCAUUAUGGCCUAAUCCCAAAGGAGCACUGGUCGUAUCCCGAAUGGAUCGACCAAGACAAGGCUGCCGAUGCACGCCAGGAAAUGGAUCGCAAGAAGAUCAUUUACGGUGGAUCGGAGAGCUACCGUCAUAUGUGCCGCUACGAAUCGGGCUUUUUUUUCCGCCACCCAUUAAUGCUGAACUACGAGUACUACUGGCGUGUCGAACCCAGCAUCGAACUUUUCUGCGACAUCGGUGCCGACCCGUUCCGUUUCAUGAAAGAAAACGACAAGAAGUACAGUUUCGUCAUCAGUCUAUACGAGUAUGAAGCAACUAUUCCCAGCCUGUGGAGUAGCGUGCAGAAGUUCAUGGCGAACCACCCGCAACACAUUGCGCAAGACAACGCAAUGGAGUUUAUCAGCGACAAUGGUGGCGAAACUUACAACAAAUGUCACUUCUGGUCAAACUUCGAGAUUGGCAGUCUGGAGUGGCUGCGAUCUCAGGCAUACCUCGACUAUUUCGAGUCGCUUGACAAAGACGGUGGCUUCUUUUACGAGCGAUGGGGCGAUGCACCCGUCCACUCGAUUGCUGCUGCAACCAUGCUGAGGAAGGAUCAGAUCCAAUUCUUCCAUGACAUUGCCUACUACCACGUACCCUUCACUCAUUGCCCGAACGACGAGCAGACCAGGCUGGAUCUUCGCUGCUCAUGCAAGCCCAAGGACAACUUUGACUGGAAGGACUAUUCUUGCACCAACCGAUGGUUCAAGGUUAAUCACCUGCAGAAGCCAGAUGGCUGGGACAAAAACGAUUGA